AUGAAUUUGAAAAUCAUAUCAUGGAAUGUUAGGGGCCUCAAUGAUAAAGGGAAAAGGAACAUCAUCAAGUCACUGAUCCAGGAGCGGAGAGCAGACAUCUAUUGCUUCCAAGAAACUAAAUUGGAAGGUAAUGUCUACAUGUUUGUUAAAGAAAUAUGGGGGAAUAGAUGGGUAGAUUGGGCAUGCUUGGAAUCAAAUGGUAGGAGUGGUGGUAUUUUAAUUUUAUGGGAUAGAAGAGCAUGGGAGGGAGAAGUUGUUAAUUCUGGGACACAGAGUAUUACUUGCAAAUUUACUGCUCUGAACCAGGAGUUUACUUGGCACAUCACUGGGGUUUAUGGCUCAAAUGAUAGAAUCGAGAGACAAGGAUUGUGGUGGGAGCUGGCUGCUAAUAGAGGAGCUUACACAGGGCCAUGGGUGAUAUGUGGCGACUUUAAUAUCACUAGAUAUGCUGCAGAAAGAAGAAAUUGCACCAGGCGCAAUAGAGCAAUGAUCGAAUUCUCGGACCUAAUAAAUGAACUAGAACUAAUUGAUCUUCCUUUGGAUGGAGGAAUCUACACUUGGUAUAAGGGGAUCAAUCAUUUGGCUGCGUCAAGAUUAGAUAGGUUUCUAGUUUCCACUGAAUGGGAUGAGGAAUUCAGGCCUGAUUAUAUUUUAGCAACCAAACUAAAGCUAUUGAAGGCCAAAUUGAAGGAGUGGAGUUCAAGUAACUAUGGCAACCUGGGAGCGAAAAAGUCUGCACUUUUAGAACAACUGCUACAAUUUGAUAGGAUCCUGGAACAAAGAAAUCUCACAGAUGAUGAACUGAUUACCAAAGCCAAUGUAGAAAUAAUGAAGUUCCAUGAAAUUGCUAAAUAUGAAGAAACAACAUGGAGACAAAGAUCCAGAGUUCUUUGGUUAAAACAGGGAGACAAGAACACCAAGUUCUUCCAUAGAAUGGCAAAUGCUCACAGAAGAUUCAAUACUCUGGACAAGCUGGAAAUUAAUGGAGAGCAAAUAACUGACUCAGAGGUCAUUAUAAAAGAGAUCGUAGAGUUUUACAUAUGUUGA